AUUAUGGCUCUAUCCCUCAAGGUCCUGAUGGCUAUAGCCAGCUGCGAUCCAGGACAAACAAGCAGCAUGCUGUUUGCAAGCGCCUUGUUGUCCCCAUCACGAUGGCUCCUGCGGAAAGAUUCUGGUACAGGAGAUCACAGUACCAAGAAUACGAAGAAAGCUGGAGGAGGUAAGAAGAAGCAGCAUUAUAUUAAGGGUUGGAAGUUGACCUAUCAUCUAAGGUCUAUGCGCAUCUCUAUGGCUUCUUCAAGCAGGAAAGCCAUAGAUAUGCGAGCUAGAGACGCCAACUUUCUACCCCUAAAAAUUAUAGGAAUACUAGGAAAGGGACAGGCGAACUUGAACGUGAACAACAAGUAGAUGGAGGUGAGCGACAACAUGUAGAACAUGAACAUGAUGGAGGAAAGGGGAACAAAGGUAAAAAACAAUGCCGACAGGGAGAUAUUUUUAGCGGAAAGGGGAAAAAAGCUGGUCACAAAGGUGAGG